UGCGUGUGCUGUGCGAUGACGCGGUGGUCAGGUGUGGCCUCAUAUAACCACGGGAGCUGUCCAAGUGCUGAAAACAGAGAACAACAGCGCUGCAGAGGAGAUGCCAUACACCUUCACUGCUGUGUGAGCUUUAGUGCCAAAGGUAAUCAAUAGCCUAUAAUGCUGCAUUUCCACCACAAGUUGCCCGCGGGGGGAGCCGUGGUCCUGCUCGCCUUCCUCCUCCAUGGAUACGCCGUGCAAGCUGCGUCGCUCCCCCGCCACUACAGGCUCCGAGGCGGGGAGAGUGAGGGGCAGCCGGCUGCUUACCCACCCAGCUCCGACAUGAUCAAAGCCCUGGAGUAUAUCGAGAACCUGAAACAGCGGAAUGGGGGCCGACCUGAACCCGUGGAUUACGACGAAGUGGACAAGUUCAGGGUCCUGCUCCAGCUCGCCUCGCAGCAAGACGAGGGUCCCGGCGACCGCCAGCCUGCCCCGGGCAUGCAGAGGCAGGACAUUACCGCUGAGCAGCUGAUGAAAGCCUUGCUCAAAUCUCUGCAGGAUCAGACGGUGAAAGACGCGAAGCUCAGCUCCGCUGCGGCGCCCAGAAAUGAUCGCCGCACGCACAGGCACCGCACCAAAGACACUGAAGUCCCCGAAAGCGCACCGGCAGACUACGGUAAUUUCCCAAGACCUCACAAGAAAUACCCGCUGAUGUUUGAGGAUGAGGAGAAUACAGACGCUUCAAAGCGGGCCACAGAGGAUCUGGAUGAGCAGUACACACCCCAGAGCCUGGCCAAUUUACGCUCCAUCUUUGAAGAGCUCGGGCGGAUGCCCACAGUCGCCGGACAGAAGCGAGACGUGUUCGGGGACGAUGGUGAUGAGGAAGAAGACGGGUUCAGCCUGAGAAGCCAGGGCUACGAGGAUGUGGCCGGAGGAGAGGAGUGGGUCCCCGUGGAGGAGAGAGAAGAGACGGAGGAGAUGGUAAACGGGAGCCAAGAAGAAGUUGACAGGGCGCUGGGUGACCAGGAGGAAGCAGAGAAGGAGGAGGUGCGACGCCGGGCCAACCAGAACCAAGAGGAUGCCGAUGAUGACACUAAGCUGGUAGAUUACUACCUGUUAAAAGUCCUGGAGAUGACCGACCAGACACAGAAGAGGGAUAAGACCGGGGAGCAGAGAAAGAGACUGAUCCGCCCGUCCAUCGUAGAUCCCCGGACAGUGAAGGAGCUGCUGGAGCUUUCACUGAAGCUCCACGUCCCUCCACAGGACCUUAUCGAUAUGCUGCUCACACAGGAGCUCAGAAAACUCCACCGCGAUCCCCAAACUUCAGCUCGCUACACGACCGGCCAAACCCCUAAAAUCAGGUACUUCAACCGCAGACUACCACUAAAGAGCAAGACCGCCCCUGAGGACAUGGACAGAGAGGACUUCUUAGACAUCAUCGGAGUGGAAACUAUCAGUAACGAAUAUCCUGUUGUGCAAAGACCCCUGAAGACCUCUCCCUCCUCGGACAGAAUUCCCGUGGUGUCCAACCCUGCUGCAAAUGCAGGUCCAGUCAAAAUCCCUCCUUCCUCGGGACGCAGAGAGAAUCUCUUUUUAUCAGAGCUCAACAAAAUGCCCCUGAAACGCCAGACUGAUGGUGAUGAUGAUGAAGAUAAUGAUGGUGACGUGGAAGACGAGGUGACGACCUACCUGGCAGCCAAAAUUCUCACAGAGUACCCCAACACCAUCAGUAAGCGGGACACCCAGGCGCAGCUGAAGGGGCAGUUCCCCUAUGAGCUGUACGAGCGCGCCAUGAAGGACUACUUGGGGCAAGCGGAAAACACGGAGAAGAGGCCAGUGGCCAAGAGAGAAACCGAGAUGGCCACAGAGGAGAAAGCAAUGCCCUUAGAGAUGCAGGAGAAAGAGGAGGUUAUGGCCAAGACCUCGGCUCCGCGGACCGUGAACGACGAGGAGGAGGAGGAGGAGAAGGAGCACCGUGAAAAAACAGUGGCUGGGAUGUAGCCUGAUCCCCAGCAAGACGCACGAAGUUAUCAAUAUAGUAUUUAUACUGUUUAAAAAACAAAGUUUGGUGGACGUGAUCUAGUUUACAAAUUUCUAUUAUAUGAACUAUAGCUGGUAUUACUAAUAUCACCCUAGGGAAAAUGAACCAUCUUAAAUAAUUAAUACAUAAAGUCCCUACUUGCUGCAAGUACAUUUUAGAAAUAGUGGUAUCACAGGACAUUAAAGGCACAAAUGAAUAAAAGGUUAUCCUCCAAACACAUUGAGUGUCAACCUGUUGUCACUCUCUUACUGCCAAUUAUUAACUAAUCCCAUUACAAUAAAAUCCAAGAAAAUUUGUUUUGUGAUGUUGUUAAAGGUUUGUUUACUUUGUGUUUGUAAACAGCAGAACCUAUAUUUUUCACUUAUAAUCAAAAGGGUAAUGUUAAAAAAAUAAUAAUAAAAGAUUGUUUUUCAUCUAUGUCAAACUAUUCAAUUCCACAUGAAUAUACAUGUACGUUAUAAAGUAAAAUGCUGACUGGACCUUUACAAACAAACAUGCAGUAUAAAGACAGGAGUGCUUUAGCUAUAGCAUAUGGAGUUUUCAUUAGGGCAGUGUGCUGGGCUGAGAGCGAGUGUUGUUGUGACUCGUAAUAUAUUCAGGGUUAGUAGAUUUAUUGUUACUAUUAUAGAUAACUAUUUCCAAGUCUAAGUAUCAGACCAUUGCCUGCCUUCCAACCCUUUCAUACUGCGAAGCUCUGUAUCGUUAGCCUACUAGUAGUUGUGCUAUGUAUGCUCAUUUUUAAACCAUUUUGUACAUGUUCAAUAACGUGUGAUGAAUCACAGAUGAAUAAAGCAUCAGCUGUAUUAUUUUUCUUCUUUC